CCGCGGCCGCCGGGACGAGCGGAGCAGAGCAGAGCAGAGCAGCGCCUGCCGCCUCGUCCAGCCAGCCCAGCAUGGAGCUCCGCGCCCUGGCGCUGCUCGCCCUCGCCCUGGCCGUCAUCUCCCUCUCGGAGGAGAAACCCGUCAGCCUGACUUACCGAUGUCCCUGUCGAUUCUACGAGAGCAACGUGGCAAGAGCCAAUAUUAAGCACCUCAAAAUCCUCUCCACACCCAACUGCUCACUUCAGAUUGUUGCAAGGCUCAAGAGCAACAGCAAGCAAGUGUGCAUUGAUCCCAAGUUAAAGUGGAUCCAGGAAUAUCUGGAGAAAGCUUUAAACAAACCACGUCAUCGCACUCAUAAAAAAAAGCAACAGAAGAAACGGGGCCCACUCUGCCCUUCCCGUGCAACACCACUAAAGUCUCCAGGGAGAAAGAAUGGAGGUUCAAGAUGUAAGAGGCAAGCAUUGUAAGCCGUCUACAGGAUUUCUUACUGUAGGACCCAGAGAGCAGAUAACCAGUAUUAGGGACUGAAUACAUUUCACUGCUAACAUGCAGCACAAAAGCAACGCUUCACGCAAUUCCAAAGGUUUUUUCCUUGGUUCUUUUUGUUUUUGUUUUUUUUUUUGUUUGGUUUUUUUUCCCCUUGCACAAAUUGGCUUGCUUUCAUAGUGCUAUUUUUAUAUAGUAAGAUGUAACUAUUUGAGAAAAAUAUGAAUUUAUACAGGUUGGUUUAUUACCUAGCACUGGGGGGCAGAUACCAAUUUAAACUAACCCUGUUAUUAUAUGACAUUUUAUUUCCUUUGUUGUGUAGAGGUCCUGCUUUAUUUAACUUUCUUUUGGUUCAUGCAAGUCUCCUGGAGUUUUAAACCUAGAAGGACAUGAACUGUACAGUGCAAUGAUGUUGUGUAAGUAGUUGGUGGAACUCCUUGCCUUCAGAAGUCAUAGAGGCCAAGAACAUAGGAAGGCUCAAAAGCAUCAGACUGAUGACAAUAGACAACAUUACCCUGGGUGGCAUUUACAGAUAUUUUGGGUGAACGAUUAAACUCAGGGCUACAGGGCUAAAGCCCUUCUCUGAAGAUCAGAACCCUUGCUGACAGCUGUGAGCAGCUGGAUCAAUGCACAUCUGGUGCUGCAAGGUGCUAAUACUUGGUUUGUAGCAGUUGUGUGUGUUAGGAGCCACAACACAGUUCUGAUGUCAUCAGGCAUUUCCUAUGUUCCUGUGUUUCUGAUGAUAAAUUUAGC